AUGUUGUGGCAGAUAGUGCUCCUGUCCCUCCUGGGGACUGUGGGGGCUAAUGCCGAUACAUCAUGCUCGGGCCUUUGUGGACAGAGGCCAUUGGCCAAGACAUUUGGCACUCGGAUCGUCGGAGGCGUGGAUGCGCGCCCAGGGGCUUGGCCCUGGAUAGUCAGUAUACAGGUCGUAUACUGGAAUGGCAAGUAUAGGUACCAUGUCUGUGGGGGCUCACUCAUAGCUCCGACUUGGGUUCUCACUGCUGCCCACUGCUUUGGUAAAAAUGAAAGUAACUUGAACAUGUGGCGGAUGUUGGUUGGUGCAUGGGAGAUUCAGAUCGGGUGGACCUAUGGCCCCAUGGACCCCAAAGUGCAGGAGCGAAAGCCCAUCAAGAUUAUAUUACAUGAAAAUUACAAUAAGCAGUUUCAGAAAAAUGACAUUGCACUGAUCCAGCUGGACAGACCAAUACAGUGUGGGGACCUGGCCCGUAUUGCCUGCCUGCCUCGACCUGGUGAGGCCCCAGUCAAGCCAGAGGAGAAGUGUUAUAUUGCUGGCUGGGGGUACAAAGUGGAAGGGGGCGCCCCAUCCAAAAUACUACAGGAAGCCCAGGUUAACAUGAUCGAUACAAGGACAUGCAACGGAAGCCGCUGGUACUAUGGGUACAUUCACCCCAACAACCUUUGUGCUGGCUAUCAGGAGGGAAGGAUCGACACUUGCCAGGGGGACAGCGGUGGGCCACUCAUGUGUAAAGACAGAUAUAGCGACACCUAUGUGGUAGACGGCGUCACAAGCUGGGGGGUCGGCUGCGCCCGGGCCUUUCGGCCAGGCAUCUACACAUCCACCUGGCACUUUCUGGACUGGAUAGCUGCCAAGAUUGGGCCGGCCUCUGUCAUUGCUGACCUACCUCCUCGGACAACGACCCCCCCCACAACCACGACCACGACCACAACCACUCCUCCACCCCCUCCCACCAGGCGUACCACCACAACUUUGAGAACUCCUCCACCCUGGAUCUGGCCCCCCACUUACAAACCCUGGGUCACAAAGCCCCACACCUCUUAUCGACCCUGGUGGAUGAGGACCACUCCCCCCCGCAUCUGGUUCACUGGUUACAGGCCUUGGAAAGGUGCUUCCCCGCAGAUGUGGCCCCACACCGAUCAGCCCUGGCCCCCAGGCAGUGCCUUAACUUACUCACCCAUGUAUACUGCUCUCCGGCCCUGGAUCUCCAAUCCAGUGAUGGUCAAGGCCCAAGUUCUGGGCCCCAGUCAGGCCCUGCCCCUCACGCUCUCCUUCCCUAAGCGCUUGAGACUGCUCAUGGACUCCAUGAAGACCAACAAGUCCAUAUAG